AUGUCAGGCUGCGCUAAUGGACCUACUCUGAUUGAAGAAGUCAGAAUUCGAAUCAUCGAUCUCGAUGCUCAGAUCCCCAUCAAGAAAGGAUGGCAAGGGUUCCAUCCAGGAAGUAAUUAUAUAUGGUAUUAUUUUACACUUUCUUCGCCUAAUGGACAUACCCUCUCGGGAGAAGAGUCUUGUAGAGAUCUUGAUCAACACACCCUUACUACCAUCUACGCUAAAAGAUUGAUCAAAUGA